UUUACUACUAUAAUUAUACCUUACAUUCUGAUCAGCACUGUUGUAAGACUUGAGACGGGUCCGACUCUGUGUGGCGAUGAGGAGAGUGAAAAGGGACUGAUGACUCAAUUGGACGCGGUUCUGCAGCUGGACUCCGGCAGAAGUUUCAAGGCUUAUAUAAGCCCACUAACCCCGAGACAAGUGUUGUCACGCCUGGCGUCCCUUGACUACAGAGUGGUCUGCUCCAGUGGAGUGGGGCAGACAUGCAUCUGGACUCUAUUUAAAGACGCCAUUUAAAUACUUGAUUUAUGUCAACAUUAACUAUUCGUAUAAUAUACACUGUAUUUAUCUUUUUGUACAAUCACACAAUUAAUGCCCAAUAAUAAUUAUUCUUGCUAA